AGUGAUUUGAGACUUUUUGGGUAUGAGAGACGGAUGAAUAUCGAGUUGUGUUUAUACAAACUGCACACAUAGUCAUACUAGUAAUACAAUAAGAGUCAAAGAGUUAUGAGAGGUUCUUUCUAUACACCUCUAGUUGUCCACGGCAGGGCGCUUUGUUAUUCUCCUGCUCAACGAGAUCUUCUCAUUGACAGACUUCAUAUAUCGCUUUCACCCGGUAGUGCUUGUAUUAUUCAAGGUGCCAAUGCCUCUGGUAAGUCGACCUUUCUACGUGAUCUCUUAAAUCUGGGUGACCACGUCAGUGGUUGGCUACAGAGGAACAGUACUAUUCAUUAUUUAGGAGAAAAUGAUAAGGACAGUUUUCGACAAGAUCUAACUCUCUAUGGUUGUUUGAAGUUAUUUUGUCGCAAAGCUGGUAUGCCCUAUCAAGAAGUAUCUUGGGCUUUACGAGCAGUCAAUCUUAGUCACGUCCACGAUCAAAAGUAUUCUCUUCUUUCACAAGGUCAAAGGAAACGAGCUUCUUUGGCUAAGUUGCUUGUAGUUCCUCGUGCUUUAUGGCUAUUGGAUGAGCCAACGUUAGCUUUGGAUACCAAUUCUUUGACUAUUUUGGAACAGAUAAUUCAUUUCCAUCGUAUGCAAGGAGGAUGUGUCGUUGCAGCUACUCAUACACAUAUUGAUAUACCUGAUUCUACUCGGAUACGCUUAGGAGACUUGGAUACUUUAUAACAGGAGUCUUUUAUUCCGUUAAAGACAAAUGAUAUAUUAUAGAGAAUAUGGUUUUAAAAGUGUUUGAAAUUCUUCUUAUUGGUCAUUUGUCU